AUGCUUACUACCACCACCGUCAUCACCAGACCCAUCACUGAAGGUCAACUUUACCGCAUUUUGGAAUUAUUGCAUCCUACCGAUGAUUUGAGCAGAGAUGUCAGGUUUUACAAAGAUGGCGACAAAGUUGUUGUUGUUCAUUUCACCCACAUUUUACAAGUUACUACUGGAUCAGGGGCAAACACCGAAACAAAAACCAUUGUUUAUGAAAGAAAAUUGGUCAUCAACGAUUUGUGUGAUAUUUCUCAUCAGGCAGGAAUUGAGGAGGACAGGGAAAACAUUGAUCGGAUCAAGCAGUUGUAUCAGACAUUCAGGUUGAAGAAUGAACAACGGAAAGCUGCAAAAGCUGCAGCAGAAAGAUUGGCUUCAAUUAGGAAUAAAAAGGAAUCAAAUGUUGGAAGUCCCAAUUUGAAUGAGAAUUGUGGUCACAUUGGUCAUGAAGGUAAUGAAAAUGAUGACAAUGAAUUGGAAACUUCACCAUCGAGAUACAUCACAAAUGCAAUUGAAUCAAAUAACAAUGCCACCGAAAAAACCAAGUUGUCAGCACUGAUUAAAGAACAAGACAAUUCAAGACCGGUUAGUUUGAAUAACCACGAAACUGAGACAAAUGGUGAUGGUCAAACCAGUGAUUCAAAUGUUGAUUCUGAAAUUGAAACUCCACCAACUACUGAAUUACCACCAACUCAACAACAACAACAACAACAACAACAACAACAACAACAACAACAACAACAACAACAACAACAACAACAACAACAACAACAACAACAACAACAACAACAACAACAACAACAACCGAAAUUCAGCUUGAGAUCAUUACGUGGUCAUUAUGAAGGCACUAAUUCACCCAUGCACACCAAUCCAACCAGCGAGUUUAUUGAUUUGACAAACAACCAAGAAAAGAAGGAAUUUGUCCAACAACGUUAUGGCACCAACUACAUGGGAUUUGAUGAGCCUGAAUAUAUCCCCAAACUGAACAACCUGAAAAGCCGCAAACGUGAUGUGUUGAAGAAACCAUUCAAAUCAAUCAAAACAGCCUUCAAGAAGUUGAUGAAAAAGGAAGAAACUUCUGUUAUUUGUGAACCACCGAAAUUAGCUCCAAGAUCAAGCCUUAUGACCAAGGAAGAAAAACUUGAACAGAUAGAACGAUUGGUUGACCAUUUUAGAAACAAAUAUACUCAUGAUGAAAUAAUGAAAAGAGUUCACUUGAGACUGGGAAAAAAUAAGCAGUCACCGAGUCAAUAA